AUGACCAGCAGCGAAAAUAAAAGAGCGAAGAUGACUUUCGAUAGGCUAGAUAAUACCAACGAGGCAGCUGCCGCCGGCGAAUUGUCAGAUCGUUCGAGCGACAAAAAUAACCUCGACGAUUCUCUCAAGGAUACGACAAAACUUCAAACUAACACCAAUGGAAAAGCCGAUUGCGGAACGAGCCAAUCCGAUCGUACAUUCUACAAGAAAGUGAACAUGGCAAUGGAAGAAGAAACAGAAGAAGAGGCUAAGGAGGCUAAGUUGCGAGAAGCAUUAUUGUGGCCAGGUGGUGAAGAGUGGAGAGUUAAGAGCGAGACUCCGUUGAGAGUCAAGAAACAGAGUCCAUUGAGACAAGUCAUGUUCGCAUAG